UGUAUAUUUGUGAUAAAACAUUUGUACAGGAGUGUUCGAAUUAUGCGCUAGAACAGACUUCGACUAAGAGACAUCUAACGUACAAUCGAAAGACACGUAAAGUAGGUAAUCAACUUCAUCGCUCGUAUUCUUGUAUCGUAAAUCUAAUUAAACGAGUCUUGUUAGAAGUAGUCGCGCACAGUGACAACAGUGAUCGAAAUGACCAGGCAAGAGUACUGGGAAUAUUAAGCGGUUACUUGUCAUUUGAAAAUGUUUUUGUCAACCGAAUCAGCACGAAUGUAAAUAUUAACGUAUUAGCAAAUAUUGAUUGACAGAGUCGUGUAAUAACAGAAGUAUUUCUUAUUAAAUUAUAAAAUGAAGGGUAUUUUGAUCUUCGAUCAUUUAAACGAUGUUCUAUUUACAAAAUGUAAUAAAAAAUUCGCGAAUCAUAUACAAAAAUUAGCAAAAAUUCAAGGACUAAUUUUUGAAAACAAGAAUGUAGACAAUGAGGAUUCAAAAUUAAAUCCAAAUGUCAUAAUCCAAUUAUUUGCACCUAUUGUCACAUCCCAACAUGUAAUGGCUUCUCAGUUUGGAAAUUCUUACACUUCAAUGAGAUGUCAUGAUGGCACAAAUAUGGUAUUUGAUGAAUUUAUGGGAUAUACAUUCAUUUACAUAUCUACAGAUGAAGUAGAAUUAAUGAAAAGGACAUUAGGAGUAUGUGUGGCAAUUGUGAGGCAUGUUUGUGGACCAGAUGUUGCAGUAUUAAAGGUAAACAGGCAGAAAGUUAGUUUAGUUUCAUGUCUGUUAGAUGCAUGGGUGCAUUUAAGAAACUGUGAGCAAAGUAUGCUUACAGAAGCGAUAGAACAGCUAUCAAUAAACACAGACUUGGGUGUAUCAAUACUAAAAGUGUUGCACGAUGCCUGUGACAAAUUAAAGGCACAAUCUGAGUUUUCCAAUGUACACAUCUUGAUACUAGUGGAACAAAAAUUUCUUUCAUUAUACUCCAGUAAAAAUGCCCAUGAUUUGUACGCUUCUGAUAUAUUGCUGAUGAUGCUUAUGUGUUGGGUAGUUAAUCAGAAAAGGAAAGGGAAUACCCAAUCUGCAAUAAAUGAUAACAAUGAUGAUAGCACUCAUAUUCUUUUACCUGUAAACAAUUCGUCUAAAGAGGAGCAAAUAACUUUUGGAUCAAAGCUUUCAAAUCCUACUUCAGAAGAUAUUUCAGAUUUGUUUAGAGGAUCAAGAGAAUCUUCCAUCAAUGAUGGACUUUAUUUGUCAUUACUGGAUGAUGAUUUAUAUAGUAAUUUAAUUCUACUUGGAACCGAACAUGAUUAUACUACUAACGCAGUUCAUAUUUUUGAAUUAGCAGAUGGUAUCAACCUUAUCAUGAUAGUAGAAGUGGCUAAUCUUGCCACAUCAUCAGGAUUGUACGAUAGUUUCCAUUAUAUGAAUAUUAUAAAUGGUUUGCAACUUCAAAGAGAUAUUGACGAAUUAAGACCUGCAUUUGAAAACUUUGACUUAGCAAUGAAAAAAGCUUUGGAUGGGAUUAAGAAAAAUAGAGCUAACGUUAGUAAUGAUGUUGAUAUGUGUCAAAGAAGACUGCAAACAAAGUGGGAAUUUAUCCGAAAAAAAUAUAUGGAUCUAUUAAGAUCUAGAGACCCGGAGUCCAUUCUUCAAAUUGAAUCAAAUAUGUCUGGUUUCAUGGAUAAUUUAAAAGAAUUAUAUCGAUUAAUGUGUUUCGACAAAAGCUUCUUAAAGCAGGGCGUUGAUGUACUUACGACAGUAGGAAAACUCGUUCGUCAAAAGCUGAAUGAUUUUAGCGAUUUCCUUAAAGUAAAAGCACUCAAGAACUUUACUCUUGGAUCUUCCCUAACCAUCAACAAAUAUCUAGAAGAGUUCCCAGGCCUUGUGCACUUCAUCUACAUAGAUAGGACCACCCAUAGACUGAUUGCUCCAACACUGGAUUUCACAAAUCCUGAAACUCUUACUCUUACAACAAAAAAGAUAUGGAACAUGGUUAAACAAAGUAGAAUUCAUUUGGAAGAAGGACAUUUAUCAGUUAUGUGGAAGGAUACAACAUUUAAUUAUGCUUACUUCUUGUGGUUCGAAGACAGUUCUGGAUCGCCAGUGAAAUAUAAAGUUUAUUUGAAUCAUGUGUUGAAAAAUUUUCCAGUACCCGGUAUAUUUUGUGGCGAUUAUUACAGAAAACUAGCGGAGACGUGUUUCCCUAAACUGUCUCCCAAUAAAAUCAGAAUUUAUGAGCUUUAUUGUGUUCAUCUCGGUUUGGCAACAUCGUCGUGUGUAUUAGAACAUUCAAGAAGACUUGCGGCUACGAUAUGGGAGGUUACAGGUGUUCCAAAUAAUCCGGCUGACAUACUGUAAUAAUAUUUCUUUGAAAUAUUUAUAUACAGAUAGAGGUUCUGCGCUUAUGCGCGUUACAUUACAAUUAUUAUUUAAAAAAGAGAAAUAUUUAUGGAAUUUUUAAUUAUUUACAAGUACUUAAUAUAUGUAUUAAUUUGUUAUUUAUAAAAGACGACGAUUCAAAA